AUGCAGGCAGAACUCCAGGCCCAGAUCCCGGGCUUGGACCGUGUCAUCUCCGAAUACUCCGUGGGCUACUUGACACACGCCUCUCAUCUCUAUGUCGAAGACGAUAAUGCCCUGUCGCCUUUGGCGGAGGCGGCCGAAACGGUGACGGAGCUCCUAAUUUCUGCCUCUGGGGACUUCUCUGCACAGAACCAGGAAGCAAUUGGAAAUCUAGUGGAGAAGUUUAUUUCAUCUCUCAGCGCAUCCAAUGGCGUUGACGAUGAGAGUAGAAAAAUUCCCGGCAAGGCCAGGAAGCUCGACCAAGCUAUCAAUGUCGGCACCCAGCGCAACAUGUCCUCGACUCUGGGUCUGAGUGGUACGAACGUGGACUUGGAGUCAGCCAAUGCCAGGAAGGUAGAGUCUCGAGUUGAUAAGAAGAAGCUGGAGAAGGCCGAACGCAAGAUUAGAGCCAAGCAGGAUAAGAAACAGAUGAAGACAGUCACCUACGAGUCCUCGCGUCUACUGAACCAGCCGGAUGAGACCAUGUCGUAUGAAGAAUUCUUCAUGGCUGUCAACCCGCUACAGUUGGGCUCUGACUCUCAGUCUAAGAGCAAGGACAUCAAGUUGGACAAUAUCGAUAUUACUAUUGGCGGCCAGCGUAUCCUGACGGACGCUGCUCUAACUCUUUCUUUUGGCCGCCGCUAUGGUCUUGUCGGUCAGAACGGUAUCGGAAAAUCUACUUUGCUGCGUGCUCUAAGUCGCAGAGAAGUUGCUAUUCCGCACCACAUCUCAAUUCUGCACGUCGAGCAAGAGAUCACUGGUGACGAUACACCCGCAAUUCAAGCGGUCCUGGAUGCUGACGUGUGGCGGAAACACCUUUUGUCUGAGCAAGAUAAAAUCUCCAAGCAAUUGGCUGCGAUUGAAGAAGAAAGAUCCCAACUGGCAGAUACAUCCAAGGAUGCUGCCAGGCUGGAUCAUGAACGAGAAGGUCUCGACAUUACCCUGGCCGAUAUCUAUUCCAAACUCUCUGAGAUGGAAUCUGAUAAAGCAGAAUCCCGAGCCGCCAGUAUUCUGGCUGGUCUUGGUUUCUCUCCAGAGCGACAACAGUUUGCAACAAAGACCUUCUCUGGAGGUUGGCGUAUGCGUUUGGCUUUGGCUCGUGCUCUGUUCUGUGAGCCUGAUCUUUUGCUUCUUGAUGAACCUUCCAACAUGUUGGAUGUUCCUUCUAUCACUUUCCUGUCAAAUUACCUUCAGGGAUACCCCAGCACAAUCCUCGUUGUCUCUCACGAUCGUUCAUUCUUGAACGAGGUGGCCACCGAUAUUGUCCACCAGCACUCAGAGCGAUUGGAUUACUACAAGGGUGCCAACUUCGAAUCCUUCUAUGCCACAAAGGAGGAGCGACGGAAAAUGGCCAAACGCGAGUACGAGAAGCAAAUGGGCGAGAGGGCACAUCUUCAAGCCUUCAUCGACAAAUUCAGAUACAACGCCGCCAAGUCCUCAGAGGCGCAAUCAAGAAUUAAGAAGCUCGAACGUAUGCCAGUACUCGAAGCCCCCGAGGCCGAAUAUGUUGUGCAUUUCCAGUUCCCCGAGGUCGAGAAGCUUUCACCUCCUAUUGUUCAAAUGUCCGAAGUUUGCUUCGGCUACACUAAGGAACUACCUCUUCUCAAGGAUGUUGACCUUAGCGUCCAACUGGACUCACGUAUCGGAAUUGUCGGACCCAACGGUGCUGGUAAAACCACAGUGUUGAAGCUGCUCAUCAACCAACUCACUCCGACAAAGGGUCUUAUAUCCGCACACUCACGACUAAGAAUUGGAUUCUUCGCCCAGCACCACGUCGAUGCUCUUGAUCUAACCACCAGUGCUGUCAGUUUCAUGGCAAAGACUUAUCCUGGCAAGACCGAUGAAGAGUACCGGAGACACUUGGGAGCCUUUGGUAUCACCGGUACAACUGGUCUCCAGCGUAUGGAGUUCUUGUCUGGAGGUCAGAAAUCGCGUGUCGCCUUUGCGUGCUUGUCUUUGACUAACCCUCACAUUCUGGUUCUUGACGAACCUUCUAACCACUUGGAUAUUGAGGGUAUGGAUGCUCUCUCCUCCGCACUCCAACGAUUUGAGGGAGGUGUGGUGAUGGUAUCUCACGACGUGACAAUGUUGCAGAACGUCUGCACUAGUCUCUGGGUCUGCGAUGGAGGAACUGUGCACAAAUUCGACGGAGACGUCAAGGCUUACAAGAAGCUCAUUACUGCACAGGCCGAUGCGGCUGGUGUUGUUGCCAAGCACUAG